UUGAGCAUGUCCAAACGGCAAAAAGAAGAGGUCUUCAUCUCAGAUGACAUACUUUUUACGCAUUUUCACUUCGUACAAAUAAACCUAAUACAAGUGAAUUAUGGUGCUGAAAUCUCUAAAACGGUAAAUCGUAUCGCAGAAAGUGGAUUAUCUGAGAAAAUUGACAGAGACGUUCUUGAUGAAAAAACAAGAAUCUACUCCUUCUACGAUGAUAAGCCAAUCGAUAAUAAUGAAGAACCUCUGAAAAUAGAUGAUAUUACGGGUCUACUCUAUUUAUUAGUUACAGGAUAUUUGAUUGCUUCUGUAGUAUUCAUUACGGAAAUUCUUUUAAAGAAGAUAAAAGAGAUUACAAGCAGAAAAUGCAGAGUGAGACCAUUUCAUAUUGAUAAUUAAUUUUUAAUCAUAUUUGUAAAUUAAGUCAAUAAUGCUGUAUUCCUUUUAAAUGUUAUUUGUUUUUAUUAACUUUUUUAUUAUAUUCUACUGUUUUAAACAACAAUACUCAUAAAAUGUGAUAAAACAAAUUUCGACGAUUCACACUUAAGAUUUUUUAAUUGUUAGCUUGUACAUUAAUGAUCAGA